CCGUGUCCUGCUUCCAUCCAGUGUAAAACACAGGUAAACGCUCUAGCUAUUUCAGCAACGUAUUUGGGUUUUCUGAUAUUGUAUCGUGCUCAUUUUACGCAACUUCAGUGCAGUAUGUGACCUGUCAAUAUCGGCCGGAACGUGUAGUUUUCGCAAUCACACAUUUGCUAUUUGCCGAAGUAAAGUUCACUUCUGGUGUUAGCCAGCGGGGCUAGCCACCAACUAGCUGUUAUCACACGAUUAGCAUUAGCUGUGCUAGCGAUAGCAAACUUGUAAUGUUACGUUAGAAAUGUGCUUUACACUCCCCCGGCUAACGGCUGAUAACCAACAAGCUACGCUCUGUACGUACACUCCAAACGUUAACUGCUCUUUAGUAACCUGUAAAUAGUGACAUGCUUGCUGUGCGUGUAGCUAAGUGGCGUUAGCUAGCUAACAGGAACCGUCCUCUGUCGACGGAACGCCACACCAGACUCCCUCUGAAACCUAAAGAUGUAUCAUCACCUCGUCGAUCUAACAAACCACUUUGCCGAUACUACACCAGUCAAUGGCGUUAGUAACAUGUAGAAUGAUGAAUCACGAUAUUCGGCGCAAGUGUUAUAAAACAGGUGCGUACCCCUUUAGUAAUUACACUUUUUUAAGUUGGUAAACGUUAGCAACCUACCCAGGGUCAACAGAAACCCCGUUCAAGUAUGCUACAUUUAAAGAUCCUACGUUAUGCUCUACAUGUAUGUUUAUUUUAGGAAAUGGAGGUUUAAGAAUGCCGUUUUGCUUUCUAAAAGGAGAUCACCCUAAAAUGUUCUUCAUCUCGAUUUAACUCCGCAAGUAACGUUAGUAGCUUAGCUAAGCUAGCAACGUAGCUAAUGUUCGGUUUUCCGUGCUUGCCAGUGUCGGUGAGUUAUGCAGGAAACUGCAGCGAUGCUGUGACACGACCCGCUUGGGGGAUCGUGUCUUUUUUUUCUUCCAACGCUCCAAAAUACAUAAAGCGUCCACCACAACCACACAGUAACUUCUAAAAUUCUCAACAGCAACACUGGCGUGACAGGUGUGUUGGUGUUUGACAGGCUGGAAGUGAACGCUACAUAGUUAUCGAAGAGAACAACGAAAAGUAAACGUUUGGUAGGCCCGGGAUGCUGGGUCGUCUGGAUGCAUCAUGGCCAUAUCAUUGUGUCAUAGUGAGUUUUGGCGUGCCGUGCGCAGUGCUGACAUUUGUCAGUGCCGCUGUGGUACACACGUGGUCGACUUGCUGUCCGGUUUUCUUAUAGCAUCGCUAAGACGGUGUUAACGUGGCUUAUUUCUCAGUCAGGGUUGUUGUUUUUUGUCACAUGGCAGCGACUGCCUCAACUACUGUAAAAGCUAAGCACCCAUUUUGAGAAGUAAGAAACAUUGUAUUGUUCAGGUCCUUGUUUAUAAUAUUUGACCCGCACUGAAGGAAACGGUGCUUACUGGAAGCCCCAGCAAAAAAACAAACCAAAACCAAAAGAUGGAAAGGAGUGUUUCUCUCCCACUGACGAUCUACAUACCCUAUAUGGGCAGUGGUGCGUAGUCGCUUACUGUUGACUCUUGAGAGAUGCAGAGGAAUAAAUAAUAUAACCAAGCCCUACAGGACAGAAUAGACUGCGUGAUAUCUCUCCAGAGUUGUGAAACCAUGUCUCCCAGUGAAGUGUUUGUGUCCGUGAGCCUCAUGGAUAUAUGAUUCAAACAGAAUUUCUGGAUCACAUGUUAUCACCUCACUAAUACCUGAAGAAGCACACACACACACACCAUUGACUAUGUUCAGUCUGAAUGCGACUCCCGCUACACACUAGUAUUUAAUCGUGCCCGUAAUGUCAUUUUUGUUUUCUAACAAUUGUGGCGUCAUCAUGAAUCUCCAGCUUGUGAUCGGGACCGAUGGAGACGACGGGAGUUUGUGAGAUCGACGUGGCGACCAGGAGAAUAGUGGGAGGUAGUGACUCUCCACCUGACCUGGACAGCCCAUGUCAGGAGGAGGUCGCAGAGUUUGGUUUGGGCUUGUGCUGUGCCGAGGAGGAGAGGGGGGAAACCCCGGGCAGAGAGGACAGUCCCAGCGACCUGGGGGAUCCGGAGCUCGACCCCGGAGGGGACCUGAAGACCGGAGAGGACAAGGCGUUCGGGAAGGAGGUUGUCCUUUUGAUGCAGGCUCUGAACUCCCUCGCCACUCCUGAGGAGAAACUAGCUGCUCUGUGCAAGACAUAUGCAGACCUGUUGGAGGAGAGCCGCUGCAUGCAGAAGCGGCUGAAAGCUCUGCAGAAGAAACAGUCCCAGAUCGUGAAGGAGAAGGUCCACCUGCAGGGGGAGCACAGCAAGGCCAUCCUGGCCCGCAGUAAGCUGGAGAGCCUCUGUAGGGAGCUGCAGAGACACAACAAGACUCUGAAGGAGGAAAACGGCCAGCGGUCCAGGGAGUACGAGGAGCAGCGGAAGGAGGCCAUGCUGCACUUCCAGAUGACCCUGAGCGAUAUCGAGGUGCAGAUGGAGCAGCACAGCUCCCACAACACCAAGCUGAGGCAGGAGAACAUGGAGCUGGCCGAGAAGCUCAAGAAGCUCAUCGAGCAGUACGAGCUGCGAGAGGAGCACAUAGACAAGGUGUUCAAGCACAAGGAGCUCCAGCAGCAGCUCAUGGACGCCAAGCUGCAGAGGAUCACCGAGAUGAUGAGAGAGGUGGAGGAGAAGCAGCAGAGAGAGAGGGACUUUCUGCUGAAGGACGCCACGGAGUCCAGACGCAAGUGUGAGCUGAUGAAGGAGCAAGAAACGCAGCUCAAACAACAGCUCUCCCUGUACAUGGACAAGUUCGAGGAGUUCCAGAGCACCCUGGCUAAAAGCAACGAAGUCUUCACCACUUUCAGACAAGAGAUGGAGAAGAUGACCAAGAAGAUCAAGAAGCUGGAGAAGGAAACGACGCAGUGGAGGACCAAAUGGGAAAGCAACAACCAGGCCCUGCUGCAGAUGGCCGAGGAGAAAACUCUGCGUGACGGCCACUUCAAGGCCCUGCAGGGGAAGCUGGAGCUGCUGGAGAGGCUGUGCAGAGCCCUGCAGAAGGAGAGGAACGACCUCAACAACCAGCUCAGCCUCCUCCAGGAGCAGGAGGACAAGGGGACCACGGCGCCUCCUGAAGCCCAGCCGCAAGAGCCCGCCGCCGGGCAGGACGAUGAGGAGAAGGGGGACGUGGAAGAUGUGGAGGGCUCGGCACAGGACGACGAGCCAGAGACGGGGGACGUCCACCAAGCUUCCAGACCACCCGAACUGGACCACACACCGGCUGCUACUGAUGAAACCACUAAUGCUGCUGCUGCUACGACAACGAGCCCGUCUGUGGAAACCUCACAGCAGGACUGAACGAGCCGGCGCAGCCCGUGUAGGUGAGGCGGGUGCGAUCGGAGGGCUCCACACACCUCCAGCCUAGUUCCAUAACAAGCCAGAAAAACAUCUUCAAUGGGGAUAGAGUUCUUUUCUUCUUCUUCUUUUUUUUAUUCUAGACUCGCCUCUCCAGGUUUCCGCACGUAAACUGAGCCUGUAUCGUUUUUCUGUGCGACAGUCAAAGAGGAGUGAAAUGAUUGUAUCCAGGAUUCUGUUGUAAAACGUUGCCCACCUUUUACUUUGGAUGUAAUGAUUGGCUUCAUAGCGAGCACUUGGUACUUCUUGUUUUUCUACCACAACUGUAUUUUCAUAGGAACAUUUCCAUUGAAGCUGCGCAAAGUCGAGUUUAUUUUCUCCCUUCACAUGGUCUCUCCCUGUAGUUUCUCAUUGGAAAUUCUAGUUUGAUUAAAUUAAAGUGUGUUGUGUCAUAGGUCACUUUAUGUAGCCUUACAAAAAGAUGGAAGAGCAAAGUCAGACUUGGGCUUAUUUGUCAUCCGUUUUGGCCACAGGGUAUUAGAUAUCUUUUGAUCACAUCAUACCACAACUUGGAUGAGUUUAAGAUUUCUUUCGCAAUUAAAACGGGAAGCGUCUCAUCAAAAAUGAAUCCGCACAUCCUACUCGCACGGCAGCUGGCGAGCUACUUUAGCUGCCAAGCUACCCUACAACCUGCUAGUUAGUAGGGCGGUCACUUUAUGUGAAAAUAAUGUAAUAAUCCAUCUCUCAUAAUCUAAAAACUCUGAAGUGCGUUAGCCCGACAGGCCGUGCCUUUAUACUCGAGCAUGGCCGUCACUCUGACCCAGGCCUGCCAUGCUGGUGGUUGUUUUCAUGACACCAAACCAUCUGAGCAGUAACGUGUGGAGGCAUUUUGGAUUUAUUUUUUUUUGUCUUCAACACCAAAGAUUUAAAAAAACUUGUGGACAGGAGUGAAGGGGGACUUUGUAAAAUCAAUGUGACAUAGCUCGUCACUCAAGUGAGGCGCCACAAAUGAAGCAUUAUAUUAACUUAAAGGGACAGUUCACCCCAAAAUCAUAAAAUACACAUUUGUCCUCUUACCUGUAGUGCUUUGGUUCUUUUUGUGUGAGGCCGUAAAGAUGUCCGUCUUCUCUCAGAUGACGUGGCACCCGGCUUGUGGUUAAAGGCAGCCAAAAAAAAAUCUAUUUUACAAACUCAACAGCGAUGUCUUUCCCGAAAGUUAAGAUGCGGUUACUCUAGAUAAUCCAGACGUUGUUAUGAGCAGGUUUUUUUUUUUUUUCUAAACUUCACCCAUGAUGUGAUGUGACGCAGCUGGUUACUUAGCUGGGCAGUUAACAGAUUGGCAAUUUGCUCCUCCCCUUCUGUAGUUCACACUUCAGGGGCGUUUGCUGCCCCCCAGUUGUUGAUCCAUGUGUGCGAUUAAAGCCGUUUGUUACCACUGACUGAAUCCUAAACUUAAAACCUUGGGCUUGAUAGUUCCACCUCUUGUUUGUCUCACCCAUGAAAUGUAAUAAGAGGAAAAUAUGGGGGAAUGAAAAUAAUGAAUACAGGUCAAGACAAUUAUUUUGUUGCUGGCUUGUUGCCCACUUGAGGGACAAUAAAUAAUGUAAAGGCCUAAAAGCUGGUACUUGUGCAAAAAAAAAAAUAAGCCAUGUAAUCUGAUUUCCAUAUGGUGAGCUCAACAGGAGACCCGAGUCACUUAACACUGAUAGGUUGAAUGUGACUUCUUUUCUAAUGCAUUUUAAAUAAAAAUAUUGAUUUCCAUCAGUGAUUAGGAAUACUAUCCACUCGGAUGAAAGUCAAUCCACGCACUUACGUCCUCUGCAGAUUUUUUUUUUUUUAAUCCCUGCUCGCUCCGAGGCAAUGGCCCAAAACCUUCAGUAUAGUACUUUAUUCUCUGCUAACAUCACUAUUGCUUUGUCUGUAUUUGGAAUCGGUCUAUUUGUGGGUACAAUUACAGGAAAGAGCAAGACUUUGAGAAAAAAAAAGUUGCAACAAUUGAUGUGAACACGUACAGGGUCAGGUGGUGUACUUUUCUUUGGGUUGAAGUACAGGUCUAGCUUUUCAGCAUCCACUUCCUUUCUUUGGCGUUGCCCCAGAUUGACUCUCAGGUAAUGUCAGAAUCUACCUCUGCAGGUGUUACUAACUGUGAAAGAAGAGGCACGAGUCACCAUAGCUUCGGAGAGCUCUAUUUUUACUAAAAAAAUAAAUACAUACGAGCCCACACCCCCUCUUUGAUUGUAAAAUGUUCUUAAAGUCCUGUCUUGCUUUUCAAUAAACAUUUUGUAGAAUUUGCAACGA